AAUCCCGUAUCCCACAAACAAGUGGCACUACAAUAACCUUGCAAAAUUUCAGCUGCAAUAAACAAUUUCAUUUAACACUAGAGAUUAAAGUGUACACUACGCCACACUGCACAGUAGUGCAAAACAAAAAGUGAUAUUUAACAAAAGUACAAAUUACUACAAAUCAUUUAGCAAAUUGGCCGAGGUGAAGAAUAAUACUACAAACCAUGUCGGACGAUAUCCUGACCACCCUCAAAAUUCUUAUAAUUGGCCAAAGUGGGGUCGGAAAAAGCAGUUUGUUAUUGCGCUUCACGGACGAUAUUUUUGACCCAGAUAACCAAGCCGCAACGAUCGGGGUGGAUUUUAAAGUUAAAACGAUAGACAUCGACGGAAAUCUUGUGAAGUUGGCAGUGUGGGACACAGCAGGACAAGAACGUUUCCGAACGUUAACACCGUCAUAUUACAGAGGGGCACAGGGCGCUAUUUUAGUUUAUGACGUUUCUUCCCGAGCAUCGUUUGAGAGAUUGGACCCUUGGCUCCAGGAAUUGAAUACGUACGCGACGAAGUCAAACAUAGUUAAAAUGCUUGUGGGCAACAAAAUUGAUAAGGACCGGACCGUGACCAGAGAAGAGGGGUUACAAUUUGCUAGGCGUCAUUCGAUGCUAUUUAUUGAAGCUAGUGCAAAAUCUAAAGAAGGUGUAAUGUGUGCGUUCGAAGAGCUAGUGCAAAAAAUUAUCCAGACUCCAGGAUUAUGGGAAUCCGACCAUAGGACUGGUUUUUCACUUCAAGAACAUUCGGAAACUGAAGCCGGAGCAUCGUGGUGCAAUUGUUGACUUUGUAUUUUGGCAUGCACAUCUAAAAUAGUUUUAACAUUUUUAUCUGAAGCGAAACCAGUAAAAAAUUGUUAACAUACGUAUAGAUAUUAAGCGCAACGCAUAGAAUGAAGUAAAAAGUACUUUAUUCACAGAACUAUUUUAAAUUUUAAGGUGUGUGAGUGAGUGCAAAAGAAUCGCGUAAAAUAUAGAAUUUGCAUGUGUUUGCUAAAAAAGUCUAGUAUCAUUAAGUCAUUUCAUUAUAAUGUUUCAACCUGAUAGUCUGAUACACCUAUGUACACUAUAUUAUCGUUUUAAAUACUGCAUUUUACUGUAAAUUUCGAAAGAAAAAUAAAUAAUUUUCAAACUAA